CAACUCAGCCCGAGCCCAACGGAUACUGAGCCUGCCCUUACUUCUAUUCACCUUGUCUGACUACUAUCCAACAUUCAACGCAUCAUGAUGUCUUCCUUUUCGACAGAGUGGGAAGUGAGCAGUCUUACCGUGAAUACUGGUACAGCAGAUGGAGCCACUGACACGCUUUAUGCCAACGGAAGGAUGCAAGUACCAGUUUAUGUUUCCAUCAGUGCUAUUGAUCCGGACAAGAAUGUUCCUUACAGCUUGACGGAAGCUGAGCUGGAAUCUAUCAAGCUAGUGGAUUACUACAGCACAAGUACUGAAUUAUCGGGUGACUGGGUCUAUUCUACAAUUGAAAAUGAAUUUGCCCACUCGGGGACUACAUCACUUUCUCUACGGAGUACCUCUCAAUCCAUAAAGUUUUGGGUUUCCACGUCCAAAGUCGAGAAGAAGAGCAUCGCUGCUAGUGUCAAGCAACCUGAUGGGAAGAUCGUCACCACUCAUGAAAGUGGCUUUGAUUACCAUGCCACUCUUGUUGGAAACCCACCAAUCAACUAUACAACCGACAACAUCACAAUCCAAGAUACCAAAAGUGGUGAUGGCAGUUCCGGGUCAUACUCAUGGUCGCUAUUGAAUUACUAUAUUUCCACCAACGAUCAUGAUCUAGCCAAGGCCGACCUCUUCAUUGAACAAGCCGAAUCGCUUUUUUACAACCGGGAUCAUAUGGUCGCUAAUUUAUACACGGCUGCGACACCUUCGUCAGUGUAUAAUCUCCUAUAUGUGUGGGAGUAUGGUGAUCAGGCGACAAAACUCCUUGGUCCUUAUAACUUACUGGCGGAGACUCCGGCUGUUACAGUUAACGACAAGAAAAAUAACUUCUGUCUUACCAUGAUGAGUCUUACCUAUAACUAUGUUCGCGAAAACGAGGUUUUUGUGAGGGAAAAUCAUUUUACGCUAUACGACAUCUACGGAAACAGUGGGAAAUUCAAAGCCGAGCUAACAGACGGGGGGGAGGUUGUUAUUCACAACAUGCAAGACUGAGGAUUUAAUAUCUCAGCUUAGGCCUGCCCUUGGAGAUAAUUGAGAUUUUCGACACUAAUCGGGUUCUGAUAUUAUGUGGUCGAUGAAAUGCUGCACUACCAGACUGGAUCGUUUGACAGAUCCGGCCAAUGUCAAAUAUACUCACCUGGUACCAAAAAACAUUCCCUGCCUGUAUCUGAU